AUGGCGCCAGCCCGCCCCAGUGUGAAGUCUGCCCGGAAGGCCCCCAAAAAGUCCCCGACAAAGAAGCCCUCUAAGGCUUCUGCAGCAAAGGGCAGCACCACUGUCGGCAGGAAGACAUCGCGUGCUGCAUCUGGUGCUCCAGCAGCAGUAGCAGCAGCAGCACCCAAGGUGAAAAAGACCAUCAGCAAGAAGCAGACGAAGCCGGCGAAGGCAAAGAUGGUCAAAAAGGCCAUAAAGAAACAAACCACGAAAAAGACGCCAGCAAAGAAGUCCAAGAGCAGCAAGAAAGCAUGA